AUGUUAAAAUUAUAUCUAAAAUAAUAAAGAUAAAGAGAUAAUCAAAACUUUAAUUGGAAAUGUAACAGCACUGAUGAUCAAAUUUUUAAUUAGAAUAGAGGGUAGUAGUAUUCAAAGUUAAUGUCAAUUUAUAAUCAUACAUUACUAAUACAAAAUAAAAGAAAAUUAAUCUAAAUCAGUAAAUGCAUGAUAUUUUUGAUAUAUCUCCUUCAUUAAAAGAAAUCAACAUUAAUUUUUAUUUUUAUUUCAAUAUCUGGUUUACAUUAAUAAACUAUACUCAAAAUUUUCUAUUUUUACUAUCGCUUUCACAUUAUUUUCAUGCUAACACAAAAUGAGUCAUCAACGCAUAAAAUAUUUUUUCAGUUUCUGAAAAUCAAGGCAUUUAUAAAUCGGUUUAUAAUGAAAAGAGAUUAUUUCAUUUUUCUGAAUUAAAUUUCUACAAUAAGUAAUUUAGAUUAAUUAUGCCUGUCUGCACAAAGAAAAUGUGUGGAUUCAAGAUAGAUACUGAUGAUCUAUCGGAAGCGCUUAUUUGGUUACACUAAAAUUAUAAAUUUCUUUAUUUAUUAUUUAUUUGUCAUUUAUUUAUUACUUUUAUCUUUCGUCAAUUUGAAAACCAUAUUUAUACAGUUAGUAUUCAAUUUGGAAAAGUGA